GAUCAUUAAUGAAAUAUCUAACUGCACUCAAAAGUCCAAACCCUAAUUUUGAAAUCAAUCCAGCCCUCUUCUGUCCAAAAGUCAGUUUCAAAGACCCGCAACAGGAAAAGAACUGCUCGUUUUUGAAAUCAAUUAGCCACCAGUGAUCUCUGCUCGCUUCAUUCAGGCCAGUGGCAGAGGCGAUAUUUUCUGCUGGCCACUGCUGUGAAGAACUUAUCGAGGCAUUUUCUGAUCCAGAACUCUCUUCGAUUUCUUUAAGCGUCUCUCACAGAGCUUGGAGCAACUGCACGAUUUUAGACUUCAAAUUUGUUACCUAAGCUUGGAGUUGAAGUGCUACUAAAUAUGAUGAGUUCAGUCGCUACGAAGCUCACAAGAUCGCUACGCGUGGUCUCCCGCACUCCUUCAUUAGUAGGAAGGUCGAAGAAUCUGUACUCUUCAUCUGCUCCCAUAGAGGAUGAUGAUUUCCUCCCUGAAAAACCCGAGUUACAGUUGCAAGGGGUUGAUCCCAGAAAAGGUUGGGGCUUCCGUGGUGUGCAUAAGGCAAUUAUAUGCGGAAAGGUGGGGCAAGCACCUCUGCAAAAGAUCCUAAGAAAUGGUAAAACUGUGACCAUUUUUACAGUUGGGACGGGUGGCAUGUUUGAUCAACGAACAAUUGGAGCCAAAGACUUGCCAAAACCUGCUCAAUGGCACCGAAUUGCUGUGCACAAUGAAAUACUUGGUGCUUAUGCCGUUCAACAACUCACCAAAAACUCUUCAGUUUAUGUAGAAGGUGAUAUUGAAACAAGAGUUUAUAACGAUAGUAUCAAUGGUGAAGUUAAAAACAUACCUGAGAUCUGCAUUCGACGGGAUGGAAAGAUCCGCCUCUUCAAAACAGGAGAAAGCAUCAGCAGUAUUUCCUUCGAUGAACUACGUGAAGGAUUGAUUUAAUUUGACCAAAGUGUUGUGUUAGCUUAUACCUUGAAGUUGAGCAAAUUCUUGUUUUAAGAUUUAUCUGACAUGUUUUCUUUCUUUUUGAUAUUAUAUGCUCAAACAUUCUAUUCUGCACAGUGCUGUUUUUUUAUUUAAUUAUUUAGUGACAACAUUAGUUUAAACUACAA